AUGGCAGCCUUCUACACACACACAGCCAGAGACCCUCUGCAGCGACCGAAGUUUCUGUUCUUUGAACUGGCGUUAGUUUAUUUCAUCGUUCUGAUUGUCCUUGAAACGACCCCAUGUUUCAGCUUCACCGAGAAUCCUCCAGCCACUAGCCCCAGCUACAGCAGUCAGUCCGCCCACUCGGAGGAGCAGACAGACAUGCAGCCAGGCCCUUCCAUCUCAGGAGGCUUUGUGGCGCCGUGGGCUGGCGACCAGUCCCUAUCCCAGCAGGCCAUGGGUCAGGGGGCGGGGUUUAACCGGGCGGGGCAGCCCUUCUACGUGGCCAGCAGGGGCGGAGUCAUGAGCCGAGGAGCACCAAGAGCACCACGUGGCGCAGUCAACGGCUACAGAGGUGGUUAUGAUGGCUAUCGGCCUCCAUUUCCCAGUGCUGCGGGGGGCAACUAUGGCCAGACUCAGUUUGGGAAUGCCCCUCGAGAGUACAGCAACAACACCUACCAGAGGGAUGGCUAUCAGCAGCAGGGUUAUAAGCGGGGUGCAGGCCAGGGUUCUCGAAGUCUGCAGUGCUUGACCAGGCAACGCUCCUAA